AUAUCAGCCACCAACCAACCGCAAGCCACCAUAUGGGCGCUGCAAGUGAUCGCUAGCCGCUUGUAGGGCCUUAUAUGCCUCUAACCCAAUAGAACACGGGAGAAGUAGCUAUCGACUUGAUCAAGUUUACAUAUUCUACGACUUGGCUUUAUGGGAUUCUCAUUCCCCAGUCUACAUGCUCUCUGAUAUGCAGUCCAUUAUUUUGGGGCAUCCAAAGUGCUUUUUCUUUUACUUUUUCUUUCUUAUCUGGCUUUGCUCCUCUUUCUCUUCCCCUCGCAGUUUCUGGAACUUGAAGAAGAGGCUGACAAUGAACGACUGGGCCGGUCCUAUUAUAGCCACCGCACUCUUCGCGUUUCUGUCGCCGGGACUCAUCGUUCAGAUGCCCGGAAAGCACCGACCAGUGGAUUUCUUGAACAUGAAGACUAGCGUGGUCUCCAUAUUAAUCCACACAGUCCUCUACGGUUUGCUUCUUAUUUUGUUCCUUGUUGUUCUUAACGUUCAUUUCUACGCCUGAGAAGCUUCAACGUUUUGUAAUAAUUACGUAUUCCAGGGACUGAAUCGUUAAGUUUACAUAUUCGCGAUCUAUUCCCCCUUUUGGUGCUCACGUAUUAAAUCAACCAGACAGGUUCUACGAAUGCUCUUCUUUUGGGUUCAUCGUAAUUAAACUUGUUGACGUUGUUUCUUUAUUCAAUAAGCUGCUGCUUUCAUGCAAAAUUAGCCUU